AUGGAUAAGGCCUAUAAAAAUGGCAAAAUAUGGACUGAUCAACCAUAUGGGUCCAUUAAGUUAGAACCCUGGUUGAUCUUUCAUGAUAAGGCCACAUUUCUUGAAGUGUUGAGAAGUUACUGCAUACAGGAGGGGUUUGGGCUUAGUGUUGAGAGGGCUGACAAUAGGAGGUACACAGCAGUGUGUGCAGUGGAGUCAUGUGACUGGAGGAUACAUGCCAGUAGGUUGUUUGACAAUGUUAGCUGGGCCAUUAAGGUGAUCAGUGGGUCCCACAGAACUUGUGGGAGGCUUGAGGAGAAUCCAGUGGUGACCUCUGAGUGGUUGUGUAAGCAUAUGUUGGGGGAAAUAGAGGCAAAUCCAGAGAUUCCAGUGGAGACAUUGAGGAGGUAUGCACAGGAGAAGUUUCAGUUGAGGGUGAAAAAGAGGCUAUUGUACAAGGUCAGGAGUAUGGCAAAGGGAAAGCUGCAUGGUGGUUGGGCUGAAGCAUAUGAGCUGUUGCCUAGAUAUGCUGAGAUGAUUAAGCAAACAAACCCAGGGAGUCAUGCACUUAUAACAUGGGGGGCCAGUAGUGGGGAUGUGAACCCAAAAUUCAGAGCUUGCUUCUUCUCAUUUGCUGCACAAGUCAGGGGGUUUCUAAGGGGUUGUAGGCCCAUAAUUGGAAUAGAUGGGGCUCAUUUAAGUGGUUUCUACAAGGGCAUUCUACUGACAGCAGUUGGCAUAGAUGGGAACAAUGAAAUUUUUGUUCUUGCCUAUGGGAUAGUAGACACUGAGAGUUGUGACAGUUGGACCUACUUCAUGAGAUGUUUGAGGCAAAUGUUUGAGCAGGAGGGUUGCAACAGAGAUGAUUGGACCUUCAUCAGUGAUAGGAUGAAGGGUGUUGAGUUGGCAGUUAGAGAAACUUUUCCUAGAGCAACUAGGAGAGUUUGCUGCCAACACCUAUACAUGAAUUGUAAGAACAAUGGCUUCAGUGGAUCUGCAUUCCACAAGCUCUUUUGGAUAGCUGCUAAUGCAUACAAUGAGUAUGUGUUUGGUAAGGCCAUGGAAAAGAUCAGUGAGUACAAUGCAAAUGCCACUGCAUACUUGAACAGCUGCAUUGAGCAGUGGUCUAGGCAUAAGUUUGACUCUACUGUUUGUUGUGAUCACAACACAACAAACUUUGUGGAGUCAUUCAAUGCAUGCACAAAGCCCUUCAGAGACAUGCCUAGGGUGGGGGCUAGAUUUGACAAGGCAGUUGACAUGGAGGAAGGUCAGCUCACUGCAUAUGCAUUGAAAGAGUUAGAGGAGAGGACAGCUGAGUCCAGGUUAUGUUAUGCCACAGCAUGUGGAGGGGGUGAAUUUGAGGUUAGGGAUGGACAUGUCAACUUCCCAAUUAGGCUUGCAACAAGAAGUUGUGCCUGUGGGAAGUGGCAGAUCUGUGGAAUCCCCUGCAAGCAUGCACUGAGGGUCAUAUAUGACCAAAGGAUGAACCCCCAUGAUUUCAUAUCCCCAUGGUUCAAGGCUCCUGCAUACAAGCUAACCUAUGCAGAACAUAUUCAUCCUAUGGCAGAUCCAUCUCAGUGGCCUGACUUUGGCCUUCCUUCCAUUCAGCCUCCAACCAUCAAAAGACCAUCUGGCAGACCUGCUAAGAAGAUAAAGAGAGGGGCAAAUGAACCAAAGAAAGGGAAGAGGAACACAAAUGUGAAAUGUGGAAAGUGUAGAGAGUUUGGUCACAACUCAAGAACAUGCAAGAGUGGAGGAACAAGUGCCACUGGACCAAGUACUUCAAAGAGUGGUGCAGCAGGAGCAAGUACAUCAAAUGGGGGACCAAACACAAGGAAGAGGUCAAAGGCAGCUGCAUAG